ACCUCGAGCUAUAGCCGAACACCGGCUGGGGGCAGUACGCCCGGGGCCAGUCCGGCCCACCCGACGGCCAUGUCCCGGAGUAGCCGGCGUUCCUACCAGGCGGAUCCCUACUACGAGCCGGAUUAUCCAGAGCCACAGCUCGCGCGCCGUUUCCGCAGCUACGACGAGUUCAGCCAGGGCAGUGGCGCCAGUCACGACGACUACGAGUCGGGGCCGGGCCCCGAAGCCAAGCUCCUCGACGACGACCUGCCGAGCCUCGGGGUCCUGGGCUCCUCGUCGCGGCGCCACGCUCUACCGAGCGCUGUGGUCGUGGACGGGCCAGGUCCGCCCCCGCCGCCCCUGCUCCCGCCCCCGGACAUCCGCCACCUUCAGAAAGAGCGGGUGCACCUGCUGGAGCAGCUUGAGGAGUGCCACAGUAGCGGCGAUGAGCUUGGCUUCGCCCCCAAGAAGCGCGCUAAGCUCCUCGAUGGGGGCUCGAUACUCCUCGGAGCCGAGGACGACGAGCCCGAGAUCGCCUCCCUCCUCGUCACCUCGCACUCCGGCCGCAAGAGCAUGGAGGUCAGGCGGGUCAGCGACAGCAAGCUCGUACUGCACCACGGCUCGAGGAGGGCCAGCUGCGAGGGCAGGGGUUCGCUGCCGUGCAAGCGACGUCGGGACGCCACCAGCAGGCACCACGAACAUCACGAUGGCUCUCGACCUGGUACGCCACUCGUCGAUGAGCGGCCCGAGAACAUCAUGCCCAGCGAGCCAAGAAGAUUUCGAGAGCGUAGCCAAGACGGGCCCCUCUCAUUGCCGCUACCCAGGUUCGCCACCCAGAUGCUGAACAACAACGGCGGAGGCAGCGGCUCCGGCGGCGGGAGCGGCUCACGCGGCGGCUCCUGCCUCGCCAGCCUCUCUAAAAUUUCCUCGCCGCCCUGCGUGGAACGGCUGCACCCCGCGGCCCCGAGUCCGCGUAGCGUCGCCCAGCCCCCGGCAUCGCCGCCCCCGCGGCACCCGAGUCCUAGCCCAACGAGCUCCGACAGUGAGACGGCGCCCCAGUCGCCGAGCCUCGAGGAGCGCAUCCGCUCGCUCGACGAAAAAUACGAGAAGUGGUCGGGUAGCCGCGCCCUGAGCGCCGCCGGCGGCGACGCCCUCGCCAAGCUCGACGCACAAGCUUCAGAGCGCUUCCGCUUCCGGCAUAAGCUCCUCGACCUCGAUCUGCACGAGGUCCAGCCGUCGGACAUCGUAAAGUCCGUCCUGGCCAAGCGCAGCGUCUUCGAUGAGGACUCGAAGCGCCUUGAGAACUUCAAUGAGAAGUACGAGCCCAAGGAAUUCACGGGGGUGAUUGGCGUGGGCUCGGUAAUCGGCCAGCCUGGUCCCCCCAAGGCCCCGGGCAGUUGCGCCAGCAAGGUCUGCCUCCAGUACCCCUUUCCUAGUCACCCGCCGGCCGCCGCCUCGGCCCUCGGCGGCAAGCCCGCGGGCCACGGCUGCCUAGUGCAUCCGAGCCCGGCGACGCCCGUCACACCCGGGGCCAGUGUCAAAACGGUCAGCCCGGAGCUGCCGCCGGUCUCUCUGCCACUGACCCUACCGGGGGCGCAUUCGCUCAGCGCCUCAACGAGCCGCAGCCUGCCGGCCCCAGGGCCACUCCAGGCGACCACGAGCCUGCCGAACCCCGCGGCCAUGCCCGGGCACCAGACUACCUCAGCCGCGGGGGCGACGUCAUCCGCUGCCGCAGCCGCCAACCCUAACGCGGCCUCGAUCGCCGCCUCGGGGGCCGCUGCGUCCAUGAUAACGGAGUCGACCCCGCGGGCCGCGAGAUUAAAGAAGGAGUCGAGCCGGGACUCGAGGGAUUCGCGAGACGGUCGAGAGUCCAAACAUGGCAAGACAAAGGACUCCUCCUCCUCCUCGUCCAUCUCUGCCGUGUCGUCGUCAUCGUCGUCAUCGUCGUCAUCCUCGUCGUUGCGGAAGCUGCGUAAGGAGGAAGAGGUCGCAGCGGAGAAGAGCCGCAGAGAGCGCGACGAGCGGGAGGAGCGAACGACGACGGUAGGCUCGAGCGAGGCCGUCGAAGUCGAGGUCCAGACGAGGGAGGCGCGUGACACCGCUAGACAUGAUAAAAAGGAACGCGAGGACAGAGAGAGGAGAGAGAGGGAAGAACGGGAGCGUCAGGAGCGCAGGGAUAAGGAGGAUCGCGACAGGCAGGAGCGCAAGGAGAGGGAGGAGCGAGAAAGGCGCGAAAAGGACGAGGAACGCAGGGAGCGCGAAAGGCUUGAGAAAGAGCGCCAGGAAAAGGAGCGAAAGGAGCGGGAGGAGCGGGAGAAGCGGGAGCGAGAGGAGCUGGAGCAGCGCGAGAAGGAUAAGAGAGAGAAGGAGCGGAAGGAGAAGGAAGAGCAUGAGAGACGGGAGCGCGAGGAGCGCGAGAGAAAGGAACGGGAGCGCACCGAGAAAGAGAAGCAGGAGAAAGAGCGUUUGCGAAAGGAGCGCGAGGAGCUCGAGAGGCGUGAGAAAGAAGAGCGGGAGAAGCUGGAGCGUGAGAGACGCCGUGAGGAGAAAGAGCGCAUUGAGCGCGAACGGAAGCGCGAGAGGGACGAGAGAGAGAGACUGGAGCGGGAAAGGAGAAAGGAGAAGGAGGAACGAGAGCGCCAGGAGAAAGAGAGGCGGGAGAAGGAAGAGAAGGAGCGUGCCGAGAAAGAGAAGCACGAGCGGGAGAAGAGGCGAGAGCGGGAAGAGCUCGAAAGGCGAGAAAAGGAGAAGACCGACCGGGAGAAGCGCAAGGACAAAGAGGACAAGGAUAAGGAAAAGGAUCGCGAGCGUGAUAAGGAGAGGGAUAGAGAUAAGGACAAAGAGAAGGAGAAAGAUAAGGAUAAGGACAAGGAUAAAGAUAAGGAUAAGGAUAAGGAGAAGAGGGAGCGCGACGAGGGCAGGCGAGGACCAUCGGACAAUCCGCUUCAUCCGGCGAACGCUCAGGUUACGGCCGUUCCGGCUUCGAUAACGAAUAAGCGGCGCUGCUCAUCGCAGGAUAUCCCAGCCGACGAGGAUACGAAGGAGGCCAAGCGCAUGAAAAUCUCGUCGGAGCAUCGCAGAGACAGCAAAGACAAGUCGAAGCAGAAUCGGCGCUCCGAGGAUCGCAAGCAUCGCGAAAUACACAGGACAAGUCGCGACAGUAGGGACAGUCGCGAGAGCAAGGACUCGGUCUCGACUCAGGACAGCAGGGACAGUAGAGACAGCAGAGACAGUCGAGAUAGCAGGGACAGCAGAGACAGCCGUGACAGUCGAGACUCACAGUCGCACGGGGAAGCGCUCCGGGAGUCGAGCAGAGAGGGCAAGGAGAAUAACAAGGAGCAGCCGUCCGGCAAGGACAAGCAGAGAAGUAAAAAGAGUCGGUCGGAGAGGUCGUUGGAAAAGGAGCCGCGCGAGCGUAGUCCCAGGGUCUCCCUACAAGAACCGGAGAAGGACUUUUUAUCGAGGCUCGACUUGGCUAAGAGGAAAGAGGCCACUCCACCCAAUGAACAAUCAUCCAUUGCCUCGCAUCAUCCGAAAGAGGUGCAGCAACUACAGCAGCUGCAGUUGCAGAUGCAACAGCAACAACAACAACAACAGCAACAACAUGCUAGUCUAAAUCUUCAUAGCGAUGUAGACGAGGGCGCACUCUCAAUGCAUGAAAUGCAGAGAAUGCGAAAUCCUUCGGCAACGGAUACUGACAGUGAUGAACCAAAGAAGCAUUCGAUCUUCGAUAUCGUCGAUGACGAGCCUGCUUACAUCAGUAUGUACGACAAGGUCAAGGCCAGGUCAACAAAGAAUAUGCAAAAAUUGGAGGAAGAAAAACGACAGGUGAGGCUAAAAGAUAAGUUCUCGCAGCUAAAGCAAAGCAGAGCGAGGCGAGAGGAAAAGAAACAGAGCACUUCGUGGGACGGGGACUCGGUAAGUAGCAAAGCUCUCACCGAGGAUGAGGCGACUUCGGAGUCAGACUCUGCAAGGGCCAAAUCGCUAUCACGCAAGGGCUCAAGGUCUCGAAUACACUCCGAUACAAGCGAAGAAGACGAGGCUUUCAAUAACAAACUUGAUAAAAUUAAGAACGAACGCUUCUUGGAGAGUGACGUGGAUCUUGGCUUCGCCGACACCGAGGACAAACACCACCCUCACGACUCCUCGGUCAUCAACACCAAUGUCAUAGUCAACAAUGUGCGUAUCAAGGAUGAGCCAAGGACGUCCGAUGAUGAGGAGAGAAUAUCAAUGGCUUUCCACACAAGUCACCCGAUCUUACCCAAUAAUCAUGAGCGAGAUUCUCGUAAAAAGUCUCACAAGAAGAAACAGAAGCGUCAGAAGAAUUCCAUGAGCGAAGUGAGUGUGAAGCUCGAAAGCUGUGAUAACCUUGAGUAUAAGAACAAUAGUAAAGCGAAUACGUGUUCGGUCGUAAAUUCGAAUCACGUCGAUGAGGACUCACCUGACGUGGCGGCAAACGUCAAUCCAUCCUUGGGUACGACGACUCUCAGCGAUAACGAGGAACGCGUACGUCAGGAAAAGAAGGCUGCGAGAAACAAGAAGGACAAGCGCCGCGACAGGAACGCUGAGAACAAAGUGAAGGCGCGAAGAAAAAGGCUGAAUCGGCAGGAGGCUCGCGACAAUCAGCGUAUGGAGGACAUCUUUGGGCCGUUAUCGGACGACGUCGACGAGCCCACGGGCAACAACUACUUCAACAGACUGAGCGGGUCCCCCCAGGAGAAUCACGCGAGCUAUCACUCGGACAGCGAUGCGCCACGAAGUCCCGUUCUCGAUCACGAGCGCGCGCGCAGAAAAGACAAGAAGCGCAGACAUCAGCCACAGGACGAAAACAGCGUUGACCUGGCCGAGGCCGGUCGAGAGAUCGAGGCCAAGCUCCUCGGCCUUCCGGGCUCGCCCAAGUUCCCCGCCACCUGCAGCGAGAUGAACGAGCAAGAUGUUUUCCGCUUUACCGACGACAACGACAGUGUCGAGCCCUCGGUGCCGAGCGCUGCUCCGGAAAAAUCGAAGGAGAAGAAGAAGAAACGCAAGAAGUCGAAGGAAGAGCGAGCACGCAAAGACUGUCACCAUCAUCACCAUCAUCAUCACCAUCAUCACGAGAAGCCGAGCGGCGGCCUACCCUACUUGGGCUCGGACACGACGCCCCCCAGGGCCAGCAGUCCGUUGGUCGCGGCCAAGCCGACGUCACCGGCGCUGCCGACCUCGAGGGAGGGCAUGCUCAGUCCAAUCCCGAAAAUAAGCACCGUCGCGACCAACAUACCAACGUGCACCACCACUUCGGUUUCAGCAUCCGCGUCAGCGUCGGUCUCCGCAUCGGCAUCGGUAUCGGCGUCGGCAUCGGCAUCGGCAUCGGCGUCGGAGUCCGAGUCCGUGGUCGACGUCGAGUCGGGCAAGUCCGAGAAAAAGAAGGACACGCUCAUACCGGGCUUUGGUAUUGAUAUCGACGAGAGCAUACACGAGAACGCGGUGAAGAGCAUAUCGGAGCCCGACGAGCGCGACACGAGCCUGCAGUCGAUGAGCAGCCGUAACGAGCAGGACGUACCCGAGUCGCGUACGCCUCCUCCGCAAAGUGAGGACAAGCCCCGUGUUGUCAUAUCGCAAGAGGAGACCGAGGACGCGGUCGCGGCCCUCCUCGAGGAAACGUUCGGCGAGGCCGAGGACUAUUCAUAUGAGGCGGACAAGGAGGAGGAGGAGGAUGAGACCGAAGCCGAGAGUAGCACCGUAGCGAGGCAGGAGACGCCGCACGAGGACGUGGAGGAGACGCAGCAGGCGGUCGAGAGCCUCAAUGCCUCCACGACCGAAGCCGAGGUCGACCUGAAGCCCGACACGCCUCAGAGCGAGCACGACCUCCAGAUCGACACCGACACUGAGGAGGACCCCAACUACGAGAGCUUCGAACUCGGGCAGCCACCCAAGACUCCGGAUAUGCCCUCUUCCUUCUACAAAUCGCCAGCUAAAAGUCCCGUCUCAUCUAUCGUGGCGCCGACGAGCAGCGUCGUGCGACCGCAGGAGGCUCCUACGGUGCCGACGUCGCUGGCCUCGCUUGCCAAACCCCAAAGCCCGGCGAGUUCCGUGAUCGCCCAUUCCUGGGGUUCCAGUGAGCCGAAGGCGCGCGAGCUUGGGAAGACACCGGAGACCGAGGCCGUCGAGCCGAGCGCCUGUGCAACCGAACCCGACAGCUGCACCACGCGACUGCGUCACUCCUCCGGCUCGCCCCAGCCCCAACCGAAGCAGCUUUGUGCCGAGACGCCCAAGAUUGCGAGGCCGGCGCCUCUUCCCGUCUCGCAGCCGCUCUACCAGAGGCUCCCUGUUUCACCACAAAGCCAGAUGUUGCCCAUGCGUCAACUCUCGCCGAGGACGCAAAACGUCGGUCCGAGCUCCAACGUUCCGAGCGCCUCGGGGCUCCCGUCUUUGACGCCCACGUCCCGACUGCAGCAGCCUCUCUCACCCAACGGUCAGUGGAGUCGUAACCCGACGGUUCACGGAGUUAAAUCUUCCGCCUCCCCGAGUCCCAGCCUCGCCCCAAGCCUCGCGCCGAUCAUCGGUCCCAGCGCCAACGCCAACGCCAACACCAAUACCAGUACCAACACAAACAUCAACGCCAAUGCCAAUGCCAAUGCCAACGCUAACUCCAAUAUCAACGUCAACAUCGGCAUCAACGCCAACACUAACGUCAACUCCAGCGCCAACACCAACGCCAAUGCCAACGCCAAUGCCAACGCCAACCCCAACCCCAACCCCAACACCAACACAAACCUAAACGCCGUCCACACAAACCCUAACCCCAAUUCAAACUCCAACAUUACGUCCACCCCUAACCCAAGUCCGGGCUCCGGCCCCAACCACAGUCCCAGUUCGAGCUCCAGUUCCAUUCCCAAUCUCAGUCUCAGCUCUAGCUCCAACUCGAACGUCAGAAUACCCGUGAGCGUGCCCAUCUCGGCCCAUCGGCCCGAAUCCCAGCUUCAACACAUAUACUCGACCGCGGCUAGCCAGCAGCCGGUAAUCCAGCACGCGCCGGGUAUGCGGGCCGUCGCGCCUAACUAUCCUAGGAGCGGACUCCCACCACUCACCCUCAGCAUACCCCCGAGGCCGUACCUGCCGAGUGUGCCGGCCUUGACACCCGGUACUCAGCCAAAGCUUUCGCGAGAACCCGGUCUACCCAGCAAGUCAGUCAUCGAGACGCUAAUAGCCGCAAACGCGAGUGAGCCCUCCCCGAGGAUGGAUGACCCGAAGCUCUCGGCCGCCGUAAUCCCGGAGCCUAGCAGCAAGGCCUCCACCUCGCCGAAGGUACCUUCACCCAAUCAGCCGCCCACGCACAUCCCGGAAACGGCCAAAAUCGAGAUUAGACCGAGCAACGAGGUGAGCGCUCUCUCGCCCCGGCAGCAGAAGCAGUUUCCACUGCCGCUUGGGCCCGACGGUGCCCUCCUCUCCCCCAGGCAGAAGCAAGAGCUCUCGAGCUGCCAGCUACUUGGGACGCACUUGCCCCGCUCCUCGACGCCCAGCCCCGUCAUCGUCGCCCACGGUCAGUCCCACUUGGUGCAUCCCUCGGUCCUUCAUCCCCUGCCAACGUCCGGUCAGUCGAUCGUGAAGAACCUUGCACCCGUGCCGACGCAGCGAGUCUCCCCGUCGGUGGAUGCCGUAGUCGAGAAGGGCACCGUGGCGGCACCCAUCAAGCCCCACUUGCCCGUCGUCGCGACCAUUUCGCAGACCAUCAUAUCGAGGGUGACCUCGGCGGCCGCGGCUAACGCCCCGGCGACACCGAUUGGGGAGCAUCGGGACUCGGUCGCCUCCGAUGUCGAGCGCCAUUACAUUCCGGAACAACAGCGCAAAGCCAAGGACGACCAACCCACCGUUCACCUAGUACCUCUCGCCAAAGCGUCCCAAGCCCUCAGCAUCUCCGUGAAAAAGGAGGAGCUCUCCGACAUCAAACCCGUUGCACUAACCAAGAGCGAGAGCAUUUUAAUGGAGCAUACGAAGCUCGACUUGGUCGCGGAGGUGAAGAUCGAGAAGCUUGACAUCCGCGAUGCAUCCGAGUGCGGCCCGAUCAAGAUCCACCUGGAAAAGUCAAAGGAUGGAACGACCCUCGAGUACAAGCGGACCGAGUCGAUUGAACUGUCCAAUCGCCACAACAAAAUCAAGACCGAGAUAGAGACGAAGGACGAGGAGGAGCCGGAUGAGGAAGAGGAUGAGGAGGACGUCGAGGAGGAGGACGACGAUGAAGAAGGGGACGGCGAAGCGGACGAGGAGCCAACGGAGGACCCGCUAAAGGAGACCUGCGUCGAUCCUCUCGCCCUCGAUGUGGUUCGCGAAGGCGCCACCGACAGCAAGGAGGACAGUGAUUACUGGUCAGCCAAGGAGGUUAACAUAGAAAGCGUCAUCAAGAAGGUGGACGCCCUCUGCGAUGGAGAAACCAAUGAUAUUGACGAGGACGAGCACGUGCAGGAAGAAGGUGCGGAGUCGCAGGAGAUGUGCAAGAGCGAUGGAGAUUCAUGGUUCGAGUGCGAGUCGAUUGAGGAUGAUAACAAGAAGAGCUACGCGAACGUGGACGAUCAAGACGAGGGUGUCGAGAGCUGCGAGAGCGAAUUCACUAGGUCCCGUCGUGGACGAUCGAAAGCCAAGAGAGCCGUUGGCAAUCGCGGAGGUGUAACCACGCGACGCGGAGGCAGAAGUGCCGCAGCUGCUAUUACACCGGCCCCGGUUGUGCCACAGAAACGUGGAGGUCGGGCAGGCCGAGGUGGGAAACAGCACGCGGAGAAAAAUAAACUGCCUGCCGAUGUCUACGAGUUCCAUGACGACAGCGAGGAGGAUAACGCGGGCCGGCCGAGGCUCAUACUCACGAUCAAGUCUCCCGGCCCGAAUGCCCAACCCGCCACUCCAGUAGCCGCGGUCAAGGAAGUUCCACCUGAGGAGUUCGUCUCGCCGGCCCUCAAUACUCGCAAGUCCCGGAGACUGGCCGAGAAGGACGGCAGCAGAUCGACCGUCGAUGACGUCAUCGAGGACGUUGUACGAGGCGCGGUUAAUAAGAACGGGGCGAACGCGAUCGGUAUCACACGGAGAAGCACGAGGCAGAACAGCGCACCACGUAACGCGGCCGGCCAACAACUGGUCCCACCGAUCGCGGAAACUAGAAAAUCUCCGAGGAGUACGAGAAGAAAUACGAGGCGAACCUCCGAAAGUACCGACGAAGUCACCGAUGAAAAGAUCAAGGAGCCAGCGACUCCGCAAGCACAGCCACAACCACAUUCGCAGCAGCAACAACAGCAACAACAACAACAACCGCAGCAGCAGCUUCUACAACAACAACAAAAGCAACAGCAACAACAACAUCAACAACAGAAACAACAGCAGCAGCAACAACAACAUAAUACACAGCCUCAACCGCAGACACAAUCACAACCAUCGGAUUCUGUAUCGCUCAUUUCAUCCACGACACAAAUUAAGGAUGAAACUCCAGCUUCCGUUGUGCAACGUUCCAAAGCUGAUGAGACCAAGCAGAUUGCAAUUUCAACCAGUAUUUCGCAAAAGUCCGCUUCCCUUGAGCCUAUGGCUCUGAUCGAUCCGGUCACGGGAAUGCUCAUACCAAUGAGAGAGUCUGAGGAAGGACAAUACAUUCCUGUCUCCACGGCUUCCGGACAAGUGAUUCAAAGUACGAUAAGAACGUGCACAGAAGCAAGAACGACCACAAUGAGCAACAACGGUCAAUCCGAGAUCAUUAGGUCGACGAUCCAUGAAGCUACCACGACCGAAACACCGAACCUCGAUGCGCAGAUCGAAGCACUUUCCUGCAAACCCGCUCCAGUAACCGUCGUUACAUCGACCAUAGUCCAGCAACCUCAGAUGAGCGUCAUUGCCAAAUCCCAGUCACCGGUUAUUCAAUCUCCAGCGAGUGCAGCUGCGCAGCCGGUCAACGUCCCGGUGUCAGUCGCUACGACAAUACCAUCCACAACGACUCCAACAUCCAUUGCUGUCGUCUCGACUCCAAUCCCAUCAAUUUGCGUACUACCCAGCACCAAACCAACAAGCCUCAAAGCGCACGUUCUCAAUGCUAGUAAAUUGGCCAAUCAAGCGCAGCAUCCGAUCUUUGUAACGAAAGCGACUGUGUCGAACGUGCCGAGUCAGACGGUCGUGCAAAAUAUUGUUAAGCAAGCGGGACAGGCUGUCCAAGGAUUGCAUUUGCACAUUCCGACUGGAAGAGUCGUAUCACCGAGCUUAAGUCCUCACACCAAGACCGUCCAGCCGCAGACAGCUGUCAUUAAUUCAAUCAAUGGAAAACAGGGUCAGCCGAUGUCUCCGGUUCUUAAUAAUACCGGGGUUCCUCCGAAUCCAAAGCAACACCUACUUCAAGCUGCAAAACAACAGCAGCAGCAACAGCAACAACAACAGCAGCAACAGCAACAACAUCAGCAGCUGCAACAGCAACAGCAGCAACAGCAAAUUGCACAAACGACUACUAUCGUGAAUUUACAACAAAAAAUACCCGUUAAUGUCCAUCCUGGGCCAAUAACACCAACUACUAGUCAACGAAUUCACACAGCUCCUCAGUCGACAGCAUUGAAGGGAAUAAAUGGCCAAACGCAUCCGAUAAAUCCAAAGGCACAUCUAUUGCAAGCCGUUGCGCCAUCAAUUGUUGCUGGUACGGUUAGUCCAUCGAGCCAGUCGCACAUAAUUGCCUCACAGCCAACCGUAACCGGAGUACCCGGAACAAGAACAACCACGCCAAAAGCAUCGGCAACUGGAGCUAUCGAAGCACCAAAGGUGGAAGUUUCCAUGUCUGGCUGCAUUAUGGUACCAGCGCCAAGUCCGCAAAGCAGAGUCGUGCCCAUUUCAGCUUACGAGGCCUCAUUGCAUGGAAGUGCUGGUUCCGCUCCAUCUCCAGGGGGACAAUACGGACUUGUUCCCCCGCAUCGCUCGCAGAGCCCUCCGCUACCUCCACCCGCUCAUCAUCACGCCAACGCUCCUCAGAGCGACGUCGUCAAUCAUUACGGAGGUCUCUCGCGAGCCGGGGAAAUACCAGCGCAUUAUAUGCAUCCCCAAGUAUUACAGUACCAGUAUCUGAGAGCCCAGCAGGAGGCGCUUACGGCACCUCGGCUUCCGUACCACGUGCCGGGGACGAGAUCGCCUCAUCUGCCACUCGAGCCGAAGCUCGAGGCCGUCGUCGAGGACACGCACAGUCCACCGCUGGAGCUGCGCCGCGGACGACGCACGCCCCAGGACCGCGUCACCGACAGUCCCCAGGUUGCCCAGGUCUACAUGAUGCACGGAGCCAGUCGGCUCGCGGCCCCACCGCAGUACAACGCCGCGGGUCCCGUUCAGCGCAGCUACUAUGAGCCACCGCCAGCGCACCUUCGCUCUCAGUAUCCGAUGACCGCGAGCGAGGCACCGCCGGAGCGCGCCCUCACCCCGGACCGACCGAGGAAACAGCUAGUGAGCACAACCCCACCACAGGCGGACUCGCUCCUCAUGCUACUACAGCGCUAUCCGGUCAUGUGGCAGGGCCUCCUCGCCCUCAAGAACGACCAAGCGGCCGUGCAGAUGCACUUUGUCUUUGGUAAUCCGAACGUCGCCAGGGACAGUUUGCCAUGCAACAGCGACGGCUCCACGCCACCAUUGAGAAUCGCCCAGAGGAUGAGGCUCGAGCCGACUCAGGUCGAGGGUGUCGCCAGAAAAAUGCAGACCGACAACGAGCACUGCAUGCUUCUGGCCCUUCCUUGCGGCCGCGACCACAUGGACGUCUUACAGCAAAGCAAGAAUCUCCAAACGGGCUUCAUCACUUACCUACAACAGAAGCAAGCCGCGGGCAUAGUCAACAUAGCGGCGCCCGGCUCUCAGCAGCCCUCCUUCGUCGUGCACAUAUUUCCAUCGUGCGACUUUGCCAACGAGAGCUUGGCCCGCAUCGCCCCCGACCUAUUACACAGAGUCGCGGAAAUCGCCCACCUGCUCAUCGUCAUCGCCACUGUUUGAAAGCGGUUGGAGCUGUCGGGUUUGAGGAUUAAUUUGCUGGCGAGCGGGACAGCGCCCCCGGUCCCCGUCGCCUGAGCUCCCCCAACGCGGGCCAGAGGCGGCAGUUGGGCAUUGCCAAGCCUCGUCCCGCAGCUGGCACGAGUGACAAUCAACGAUGCGUUUUAAGAAACGAAGGCUAGAGACGCGCGCCCAUGUCGGAGGUCUUGAGUGGGCGGAGGGGGCUGCGAUCGCAGCGAAAGGGUUAGCGAAAGUAACGCUUCGCGUGCCCUUUCUCCCGACUUCCUGCUCGAAACGCAAGGUCGAUCGCUGACAGUGUUUGUGGGAGUGACCGACGUCACUCUUGGUCCCUCCGACAAGCGGGUCAGACGCAGCUCACCCCUCCGAAACAAACACGCCUGUCCGCGUUAUUACACUUAUAUGGUAUCAAAUUAACCACAUUGUGUAUAUUCUGUAAGUAUAAUGAAAUCGUACCGAGAUGAACGUAAAUGUGGAUACCACGUGACCGGAGGUAUCGUCGAUAGAGUUAACGAAAGAGCCUGGACAUACCCGUUAAGAAUAUUCGUUCGACGAGAUGAAUUAACGUAACUACAUUUUCCCUGUCCCUGUACACGAGCUAGCGCGUAAAUUUUAGACGUUAGAGGAUAAUAAUAAAAAAAAAAGAAUGAAAAAAGAAGACACUUUAUAAAUUUAAGAGCCAGCGAAGGCAUAACUACUGUGAUUUUAAUUAUUUAACGAUAUAUAUCUGCAUAAAGGGGGAAAAAACAUAAGGAUCGACGUUGUUACUUGCGAUCUCAGCGCGCGUUAUGUGAUGUAUAAUAUUGUAUAAUAUUGAUCUAUAUAAAUACCUAUGUAUUAUAUUACUGUAAAACAAUAGUUGCUGCUGCCGCUGACGUUGACGACGAUGCCGCCGCUCCGAGUUUAGAAUAAAAUUUAUCGAACGGUAAUAUGCGAAUUUAAAAAAUGAAUAGGUUGCGUAUUGCUUCUGGGGAAAGAAGAUUAAGAUUUAAGUAAAUACUAGAAACUAAAACCUAAGUAGCGUUAAUCCCUAGUGUAUUAUAAAUUCCCAAUAGAAGGAUGUAACAUAUUACGGUUUAAAACGAAUGAAAAGUACCACCUAUCCGUGUACACAAACGAACACAUACACACACAAGCACGCGCUCGCGCGCGAGCACACAGUCACCUAUG